CUAUCGCGAGUUUGAAGUUCGAGUCGCUUGUCUAUGUAGAUUCUCGUUGUUCUAGGCAGCCGCUUAUUAGAGCUGUCAGCUACGAGUUUGACGUUUGAGACAAACAAGAUCAGCAGGCGACGAGGCUCCGUGAUGCCUCCACUCGUCGCGAUCCUUCAAAAAUCUGAGAAGUGUCAAACGCGGCAUCGUCCGUUACGUUGAUCUGAUUUGCACGAGAAUCUCCCCAUGAGGCUUGCACACACAACGACGUACGCUGUCAAAGUGCUGUCAGCUUGUGCGAAGCGACGUUAGCGGUCUGCCAGAGUCACGAUAUUGUCGACGGCUAAAGGAUAAUUUGUCAACGCUGUCAUUAAGCUCGAUUGAUGGAAAAUCGUCGAUGAUUGCGAGAGCCGAUCUCAAAAAAUUUUUUUUUCAGUUAUACAUGUAUGCGUCAUCGUAUGAGCAAUAUUUCUUAUGGCUGCUUUUAAACAGCAUGUAAAAAUUCAACAAGAGAUUCUUCUCAGUUGGUGAAACACGUGGAAGGCCAUUAUUGAAGUCAUGUAUCGAGUUGUACAAAAUUGAACAUUUCAAGACCGUGAUUAUUUCCACACGUGACUGACUCUAGUUUGAACGGAAAUUAUAUUCUAAAGAUCGAAGAUGUCGGGUGGAGAGAGGAAGAAGAGAGGCUGCGAUAGGGGGCACGGAUGGGAGGAGGCUGGUGCUGAAUUCUAUCAGGAGAGUUAUCCAGCAGCUAUAGAAGCAGAUCUGCAACAGGCUCUGCAAAGGGAUCCUUCGCAUAUCGCCACUUUGCUUCCUAGCAAGAAGUCUCGUGUUGCCACGGCGAAGCGAAUUCGAAAUGACACAAAGACAACAUUGAGAAGACGCACGAGCACUCGAUCUCGUGGCACUACAACGUCAAGGCGUAUGUCGACCAAUAUACAUGAUGCAGCUGUAUCUAUGCUACCGGAUCUCUCAGAAAACUUGUCCAACGAAGAGCGUACCUGGGAAGAAAUUAUGCAGAUCAAAGCUAUGCCUGUAUGCAUGUCACAAAAGAUACAACUGAAGAAUCAGUUACAGAGUGCCACAAAAUUGAGACUUCAAGGUUUUGAGCAGCUAAAGUGGCAGCGUAGGAAAGCUUGGCAGCAAUUUCGCAUAAGAAUGAAGGAGACUUGGUCCAAAAUGGAGCUGUGGAACGACAGUCUCAAGAAGAUAGGCGGAAAUUUCGGAAUGGGCAUAGUAGCGUAUUUUUUAUUUAUAAAAUGGUUGAUGUAUCUCAAUCUAUUUUUGUUUGCGAUUAUAUUUGUAUUAAUAGUGUUGCCGGCAAUGCUUGAGACGCCUGAGAAUGAAAUAUGUUUGUCUAACAAUAACACUGCCAGCGUGGCCUGUUGCUCCGAAUUAUACAAGAAUAUGAUCAAUGAAAGUGAUAGUAUAACCAAGAUCGUACAGGGGAUCGAGUACACUCCGCUAUUUUACGGUUGGUACACGCACAAGAUCUUUCAUUGCAUAGAUUUGAACUUGUAUUACAAUUCACCACUGUCCUACAUCUGUGCCAUAAUCAGCGUCUUCAUCGUUAGCCUAGUAGCGAUCGUCCGAUCGGCCGCCAAAGGUUUCAAGGAAAGAGUCGUGGAGGGCGAGGGUCAGUUUUAUCAAUACUGCAAUCUGGUAUUCGGCGGCUGGGACUACUGUAUUCAGAAUGAGAAAUCUGCCGAUGUGAAGCACAAGGCAUUGUACAACGAGAUGAAGGCAUUCUUGGAAGCGGAGAGGAUGGAGGAGGAGCGACAGAAUCGCACGAGGGAAGAGAAAACGAAGCUCUUCUUCAUACGUCUGGUCGUAAAUCUAUUGGUUUUAACGGUAUUGAGCGCUUGUGGCACGUUUAUUUAUUACGUAAUUGACUUCUCGUUCGAUCAGCUGCCGACGUACUUGGCGCAAGAUUACGAGAUAGCUCGUUUGUUCUUCGAAUUCCUUCCUUACGUAUGCAUCGUCGGACUUAACGUGGCGAUUCCGUUCCUCUUUCGCUAUCUGGUCGCCCUAGAAAAUUACAGUCCGUCGUACGUCGUUCGAGUGACGCUGUUCAGAACCGUGUUUCUUCGACUCGCUUCUCUCGUCGUUCUGUUAACGUCUCUGUACAGACUCGUCGCGGACAAAAUUCCGGACAACGAAUGCGCCAACAGGGUGAACAAGCAGCCUCUCUGCUGGGAAACGUUCGUGGGACAGCAGUUCUUCAAGCUGUACACCACCGAUCUCUUCAUCCAAUUCUUCAUGACGUUCUUCGUGAAUUUUCCGCGCUCGUUGAUCGCUCGACACACCGAGAACAAAGUCCUGCGCUUCGUCGGCGAGCAGGAGUUCGAUCUGCCCAAACACGUGCUAGAUAUCGUCUACUCGCAGACGAUCUGCUGGCUCGGCUGCUUCUUCGCUCCGUUACUACCAAUGAUCGCCAUAACCGGCACGUAUCUGCUCUUCUACGUGAAGAAAUUCACCUGUCUGGUGAACAGCACCCCGUCGAGUAAGAUUUAUCGCGCGAGUAGGUCGAACUCCCUGUUCAUGUUUAUUCUGCUGGUCUCCUUCAUCCUGGCGGUGAUACCGGUCGGUUAUUCCAUCGCCGAGAUCAUGCCGUCGAAAUCCUGUGGACCGUUUCGCGAAUGGGAAUCCGUGUGGAUGUUGUUGAUCGCGACGUUCAUGCGCUUCCCCGACUGGCUGCAGUCGACCCUCUUCUUCCUGGGUACAGCUGGCUUCGGUAUACCGGCCUUCGUCAUUCUUGCUCUGCUCCUCUAUUACUAUUACGCGGUGUCGAUAGCGAACAAGCAUAUGGUGACGGUGUUGAAGAAUCAGUUGGUCUUGGAGGGCCAUGAUAAACAAUUCUUAUUGAAUAGACUCAGCGCUUUCAUCAAGCAGCAACAGGAUCAGAAUAAGUUUCAUCAGGAGCAAACCAAUGAAUUAGGCACGUUUCAACAUGUAUAAAAUAGUAUUAAAUUUAAUUUUUAUAUUUGUUUCUCUCUUGCAAAUGUGUACAGAGCGCAUUAUUUGGCAGCUUGCUUUUUUGUGAAUUUUGUAGAUCUUAAUUAUGAAAUGUAAGACUGGGAAGCUCUCAAUAUUUCUAUCUUCUUUGUUAUGUAUAUUAUAAUAUAUAGAUAUUAUACAUGAUUUUAUAUAUAUAUAUAUAUCUAUAUAUUAUAUACACGAAUCGGUUUUUUACUAAGUAGAUUUUUGAUAUUUUAUAUCUAAUUGGAUAAAAGAUCUGUCGGAGAUUAUAAGAACGCGCGGACAAUACCAAAGAUUAAUAUGCAUUUUACUUAUAUAUACUGCCCGUUGCAAUAUAUAUAGUUGCUUUUAUACAAAGUGAUGUUUUUGGAAUCUUGAAUGUAUUAUGAUCACAAUCAUCACUGCCAAAAAUUUGCAUUUCCAUGCGAAACAGUUUUACGGAAUCAGUUUUUUGAACUUGCAUUUAAAACGGAACAUAUCUCACGUUCUAAGAAAUUCAGUCGUCUGAAAAUGUGUAUGAAAAUACGCAUCUCUAAAAUCAGGGUACAAAAAGAAACAAAAGAUGUUGCAACUAUUGUGCAAUAGUAGGGGAAAUCGUGUAUGAAUUAUUUAUCCAUUGUAAUUCUGUAUAAUUUUACGAGUAUAUCUAUAAAUAUUUAAUCUAGAAUCAUAUACACCCAUAAUGCUAAGCGCGAACAAAGUCUAAUUUAAGGCAUAAUGAGAUCUUCAUCGGAAAUAAUAUACUAUAUUAUAAACUAAUGUAAUUGCACAUACAUUUAGCUUAAAACAAAUAUUAAAUCACGAAGAGAAGACAGAUAGAGGGAUUAUCCAAUAAUCUAUCUAUAUCUGCCGCUUGUUAGACACCUUCCAAGUUCGCCUAAGGGUUCACUUUGCUGGCCUCGGUCUAAAAUCGAACAGGCAGGAAUUCAUACCCGUCUGAUUAUACGUAUAAGAGGAGAUUAAAAUAUAUAAAAUAUGUUUAGCAUAAUAUAUGAACAGUAUAGUAACAGAACUAAUCGUCUUUUAUAAGACAAGCAUUUACUUCCACAAUUUUAUAUGUGAACAUUAGAGAGCUUUUGCAUGAGUGAAACAAAGUGAUACGCAGUGGACCUAUUUUUAACUUCUUAGAAACUCUUGUAAUUGUUAUUACUGUAAAUAGGUCCUCCCUAGAAUCUGAAAAAUUUAUUUUAUUAGCGACACUUAUAUAGUAAGCAACGCUCGCAUGCGAAAAAAAAUAUAUUUCACAGAUAGAACUAUUUUAUUAUAUUUAUUAUUUUGUUAUACCGAGACAGAGGCUUACUAUAAUUUAGAGUAUAAAAGAAUGAACGAAUGUAUAAGAAUUUGUGUAUUUUAAGAUGAUAUAUUCACACAAAGUUCUGGAUUAGUUCUACAAAUCUCAUAUACCUCAGUAUUAUUAAAACGCCAAAGAAAAUUCGGAUUGAGACUGUAAUAAUUUGAUUAUUACGUUUUUCUAUUAUAGCAUUUUCUAUUGAUAUCAGGAUAAUGUAAAAUGUAAUUCUCAUUCAUAUGCACACUUUCUCGCACUGCCAAUGAUCCUAUACAAUACAGAAGUGAAAAUAUUUCCAUUUUAAUGUAUAUUCGGAAAUCAAUUCUGUAGACAUCACACACUAUCACAAAUUGAUUGGGAUUCUUUGGCCUAAAUAACUCAUAUAUUGGUAAAUGUAUUUUGUAAAUUCAUAUAAGAUAGCAUAUAUGGAUGUUCUCAGAUACAUCCUUCAUUAAUCAACGAUGGCUGUCAAAGUAUCAAUAGUGGCACUAAAUGCAUUUAAUAUAAAGUCACAUAUAUAACAUGAUAAUCUUAUAUAAAACGAAUCUGUCUCUGAAAAAAAUCUGCAGAAUUAAUUUAAGAUAUAUUAUACUAUUAUAUUAAAAAAAGCAAUCGAGUCCACGAAUAUCUAAAUAGAAAUUUCUGUUUCUUUCAAUGUUGCUGCUAAUUAGAUUAUAUUGAUAUCAUCACUAUCUCUUUACACUUUCUUCACGCAUUUUAGUCAUAGACUCUUAUGCCUAUUGUAUGCUCAUUAUUUGUGGCAUAAUCAUCCAAUUAUGAUGCUGCAAAAAUAUAUCUGUUAUACACAAA